AAACACGGCGAGGAUAAAGCAAGAUGGCGUCUGACGGUGAAGACGUUAUUGCAGUCGUCACAGUUCAGUGUUCUUAAUCUGUGCCUCCAUGUACACAUAUAUGUCCUUUAUUACACUCUAGUAAAUAGAGUAAACAUAACUGUUUGCAUCCGGUUAUAUUAGUCUGAGCGCACUUUGAUGCUUCUCCAGCUAGCUUAGCUUGCUAGUUAGCUUAGCUUGUUAGCUGCUAACAAAGAGAGGCGGAAGUGAUCAAAACACAUCGCUAAGCAGAGAUCAAGUGUGAGUGUAAAGUGUUGUGAUUGUGUGACAAUGUGCGAAAGAACCAUAGCAGAGUACGAGGAGGAACUUUGUCCAACAAAAGAGGAGAAGGAGCGACAACAUCAAAAACAUCAAGUUGUGUUACACAGAACAGACAUCCAUCAGCUGAUUGGACACCAAGAAGAAUGUCUCCCUCAUCUGCAGGGGGACAGUUUCACUUCAGAGUAUCCACAGCCCUCAUAUUUUGAAGGGGACAAGGAGGAUCCACAACCAUCUUAUUUUAAAGAGGAAGAGGAGGGAGAGUGUCCUGUAGGGCAGGAGGAGGCUGAUCUCAGCAAGUUUCCACUGACUGUUGUCUCUGUGAAGACUGAAGAGCAUGAAGACAAACCACCUGAGUCCUCACAGCUUCAUCACAGUCCAAACGUCUGUGAAGAACAUCUUCUCUCUAAGCAACAGAAGCGGAGCUUCAAGAUGAGCAAGGAGGAGCCACAGCCCUUCCACAUUAAGGAGGAAGAAGAGGCGCCACAUACAUUGCAAAUGCAAAGGGAAGAAAAUAACCCACUGACCUCCCAUUUUAAAGAGGAAGAGGAGGAACACAGCAUCAGUCAGCAAUGGUUGGAGGAGUUCCAUGUGAUUGUGAAGAGUGAAGAUGAUGAGGUCAAAGGUGAGAGUGAGGAGAGGGGAGGGGGGGAGCCUCCAAGCAGCAGCUCAACUCAACACAUGACAACAGAAGCUGAUGGAGACCACUGUGGAGGAUCACAAGCAGACAAGCUCUUAGCUCCACUAUCAGAUAGUGAGGACACAACGUCACACUCUCCUGACACUGAUGAUGAAGACUCUAAAGAUGAUAAGACAUGUCACACUGACAACACACACUUCACAUGUUCUCACUGCGACAAAACGUUUAAAUACCAUAGUUAUUUGAAAAGACACAUGAGAUCGCACACUGGAGAAAAACCUUUUUCAUGUUCAAUCUGCGGUACAGAUUUUACGCGAAGGCAAAAUUUGAAAACACACAUGAGAACACACACAGGAGAAAAACCUUUUUCAUGUUCAAUCUGCGGCAAAUGUUUUGCUCAAAAGCACCAUUUCAAAGGACACAUGAGCACACAUACUGGAGAAAAACCUUUUUCAUGUUCAAUCUGUGGUACAGAUUUUACUCGAAGGCAAACUUUGAAAACACACAUGAGAACACACACAGGGGAAAAACCUUUUUCAUGUUCAAUCUGCAAUAAAGAUUUUACUAGAAGGCAAUAUUUCAAAACACACAUGAGAAUACACACUGGAGAAAAAGCUCAUUCCUGCUCCGAAUGUGGCAAAAACUUUGAAACAAAUCAAAGGUUAAAAAUACACAUGAGAAUACACACAGGAGAAAAACCUUUUUCCUGCUCAGAAUGUGGUAAAAGUUUUGUGGUAAAUCAAAGAUUAAAAGUACACAUGAGAACACACACUGGUGAAAAACCUUUUAUAUGUUCAGUGUGUGGUCAAAGUUAUAUGGAAAGACAGCGAUUAAAAUCACACGAGAGAACGCACUCUGGUGAAAAACCAUACUCCUGUUCAAGCUGCAACAAAAGCUUAUGUCACCUUAGAUCUAUUAAAGUACACAUGAGAACACACACAGGUGAGAAAGUGUUGAGUUGCAGUGUGUGUGGUGAAAGAUUCCCUUCUAAGUACCAGUGUAAGAAACACAAGUGUGCUGGUGAGAACAGCAGCAGCAAAUGAAGAUGCAGGAUUUGAAAUAAACUGUCAAAACUUGAACUUUGACUUUCUAACAACAUCAGCACAUAUAACAUGUGUGACAUCAUUGUUGUGUGUGUAACACAAUCUUGUUAAUAUGAUUCUAACAUUUAUAGAUUAGACACUUCAGAUUAGUGCGUUUAUUUCAGUCAAGUACGAACCCCGUUUCCAUAUGAGUUGGGAAAUUGUGUUAGAUGUAAAUAUAAACGGAAUACAAUGAUUUGCAAAUCUUUUUCAACCCAUAUUCAGUUGAAUAUGCUACAAAGACAACAUAUUUGAUGUUAAAACUGAUAAACAUUUAUUUUUUUUGCAAAUAAUCAUUAACUUUAGAAUUUGAUGCCAGCAACACGUGACAAAGAAGUUGAGAAAAGUGGCAAUAAAUACUGAUAAAGUUGAGGAAUGCUCAUCAAACACUUGAAUGUGUCACGCCUAUAAAUCUGGUUUUAUGUUCAUGUUUUGUUUUGUUUUCUGGACUCUUGUUCCAUUUUGCACUUCCUGGUUUGCCUUUGUCAACGCAUUAGUUCCCACCUUGUCACGCCCCUGCCCUCAGUCCCGCACCUGUUCCUGAUUAUCACAGCCAGCAUUUAAGUCACUUUCUUUCUGUUCAUCAGUCUGGGAACUUCGCUUUCAUUGCCUUUCAUACUUCAUGCCAUGCUUUUCGAUUCAUCCACGCCAGGUAAGUUUUUGUUUGUAUUUAUGCCUUUGAUAGUAUCUUUUGUUUGUUUGUAGAUAGUAUUGCCAUUGUGCUGUUUUUGUUCUAAGUUUUAGUAUAGAUUAUUAUCCGCCGUGCUUUUGGUUUUGCCUUUUUUUUGUAUUUUGAGUGUAAAUAAAAACAAACAUGUACCUGAA